GAACGUUGUCGGUAGCCAUUUUGACUCAACGGCGCGAUGACGGCCGACAGCGGGAGCACGUCGUACCAGUGCAGCCCCUCUGAGCUGGAGUUCGGGCAUUGCAAUUCGGUGAUCAGUCCCGUCUCCUCGGCCAGGAGCGUCCGGGAGGUGUGUUGGAAACCCUCCGAGAUGCUGGCAACGGCCGCGACCAAGCCUGCCAUGUCGACCAAGAGCGCGCGCAAGGCGUGGUGGAGGUCUCCCAAGUUACUUGCGACGGCCCUGGCCAUGACGCUCGUCAUGGGCCUCGGGUCGUGGCGCUUCUCCAACGACGAGCAGGCGAGCCAGGACCAAUUCCGCGCGGCGGUCCAGGGCUUGGCCGUGACCUACGCCGAGGAGCUCGCACGCCAGGUCCGGACCUCGAUCAGCUCGACGCACGCCAUUGCGGCCAUGCUGCAAGUGGACGACGCCAACUUCACGCAGAACGGCUUCGAGACGAUCGCGGCGAUGCUGAUCGAGACGUACGGGGGCAUCUCCAACUUACAGCUCGCGCCCUUUGGCAAGGUCACCGCCAUCGUGCCCCUCGUCGACGCCACGCAGGACAACCGCGCAGUGCUGGGCCACAACCUCCUCGUGGACCCGGACCGGCGUCUCGGGGCCCUGCAGACCAUCCAAAGCCGCCAGACCCUCGUGCUCGGUCCGCUCCAGCUGAAGCAGGGCGGCGCGGGGAUCAUUGUCCGGCACCCCGUGUUCACGCGUUUUGCGCCCGAGUUCGUCCCCAGCGAGCCGUUUCUGGCGGGCGGCGAGGUGUACACCGUGGACUGCUCGACCCCGGCGCUCCAGCGCGAGAACUGCUACUUCCCCGGCCCCGACGUGGAGGUGGCGGGCGUGCAGGAGCCGACCUACUUCUUCGCCUUUGCCACGAUGAUCUCCUUCGUCCCAACGCUGCUCGGCCCCGUCCAGCUCGAGCGCCUCGCUGACGGCGGACACAACGUUGAGGGCACGACCCGCUUCGCCUACCAGCUCCAGAUGCGGGUGCCGCACCCGUCGCUGGAGGACGUGCAGGGCGUAUUCGCGCACUCGCCCGACCACCCCCCAGGCGCGGUGCUGCCGGACCCCGUCGAGGCGGCGGUGUCGUUGCCCGAGGUUGGGCUCGAGUGGUCUCUGCGUGUGGCGCCAGCGGAGGGCUGGCCGGCCGUCAGCGCUGAGUUCUGGACGCAGCUGGCGCUGCUCGUGUUGCUGACCUGCAUCACCGGGCUUGUGCUCGGCGGCCUCAUCAUCGGGAAUGUGCGGGAGACGUUGAAGCGCGCAGCGGAGCUCGAGGUCUACCGCGACCGUAAGCUCCGCUCCCAGGUCGCGGCAGCGACGAGCGACACCAUGCGGAGCCGGUUCCCAAUGUGCGUCAUGCAGGUGAGCGAGUUCAAGCGGGUCGGCCGGCUCUUGUCGCACGAGGAGGCCCGAGACCAGGGUUCGCUGGUCUUUCUCGAUACCACUGCCAAGAUGGAGAGCCUCAAGCAGGAGGGCGAUAUCGCCUUCUUCAGCCACCAGUGGACGAGCUUCGUCGAUCCGGACCCGAGCGGGAAGCACUACGCGGCCAUGGUCUCCGCGCUCGACGCGUUGGCCGCCACGGGAUGGCCCUGCACCCACGUGUGGGUGGACUACCACUCGAUCCCGCAGGCCAACCGCGACCAGCAGCAGAACGCCAUCAACUCGCUCUCGCUCUACGUCGCCUGCAGCCGCAUCUUCGUCGCCGUUACGCCGACGUGCACGCACCAGGAGCUGGGGGAGACGUUGGACACGGCGAGCUACCGCCGCCGCGGCUGGUGCCGCGUCGAGCAGCUUAGCUUCCUGGCGACAAACACUCAGUCGCUGAGCGCCUUCGUCUACGAUGGGUGCGGGCUGCAGCCGCUCUGGGCCUCGACGGAGGACCACGCCAUGUCUCUCGGUAUCUUUGAGGGCGACUUCACUUGCUGCCGCCGCAAGCACUGCAACGGCCUGCGGUGCGACAAGCAGCGGCUCGUAAACGUGAUGCUGGCCAUGUACUGGGAGCUGCUCCACGCCCAGGCCACCUCACCAGACGCAUCGGCCCUGGUUGCGCUGCUCGCCGACGAGCCGCGCUUCUUCCCGGUCAACGCGCAGCAGCUCCGGCUGGCGGCCGACGGGUCGCUCUGGGAGGCCGAGGUCGAGCUUUUUGGGGAUUUGCUGCCAGUGUUGCACGAGCUCUUCGAGCACCCCGAGCUCCUUCCCAACCGAGGCCUGGAGGAGACGGCGGGCGCUGAGACAGAACCCGUGGAGCCUGAGGUGUGUGGCGACUUGGAGAUGUUGUGAGUGAGCUUUCUCCUCCUCCUCCACCUCCUCCUCCUCCUCCUCCAUACUCCCUCUCUUGUGCUCGCACCACUUUCUCCUUCGCGCACUCAGGCCAAGGCUCGACAGGGGCGACGGCGGCUCCACCUCGACCCCAGACCUCAGAUCUCGCUCAUUUCUCAUACCGCGACGCUUCGACGCCGCGCAUCGCGCCACAUUUUUACCUCGACGACGCCGGACUCAUCUGCCUCUCAGACCGCGGCAGACGGCGCGACUCCUGCUCAAGAAGCAGCGCGGGGUUCGUCGGCAUAGGUUCCCUGUCGCCUUCUGGUCCGUUUAUCCAAUCGGGGGUUGGCAGCGGGGGCCAGACGCUGCAGGGGUGGGGGGGGGGGCGUGAUGCCGUGGUCGGCGCGGCGUGCUCCCCCAGCGAGCGGGCAGGUGGAGGGCGGCCGCGGAGGGUGCGGCGGGCGGGGCUCGAGGAGGCUGGGAGGCCAGCGACUCCUCGGGAGGGUUUCUGCCACGAGCGCUGGGUCGUGCUCCACUCUGGCCCCGUUCGCGCGCGUCGCUGGCGCGUGCUCGUCGAUGUCAUCUCUACAGCCCCCGCCCGCCGCCUCCGUCAUCCCAUUCGUCUUGAGUCCAACCCUGCCCACACCAACGCAAGGCGCACACUACAGGCAAUGGGCCUCGUUUCAAGCCCGCUACAAACAGGUUGCAUUGCAAGAGUGUCACCUUUACCAGUUUCGCCAGUAGGUGCAGUCAUUGCCAGUCCCAGCAGCGCAGUAUUUUCGCUCGCGUAGCGAAGCAUCUUUAAUCUUAUAAAGGGAAUAUGUUCAGGCUGAACUAUUUGCAGGCGGAACGUGCGCCAGCCGUUUUUGAUGCCCCGCACUCAUGCCACGCAGGUUUUGCGUAAAUGACGUUCCAUCUGCCUUGUUCUCCUUUCUCCUGCUCCCCCUCCUCCUCCUCCUCCUCCUCCUGCUCCUCCUGCUCCUCCUGCUCUUCUCUCCUCUCCUUUGCCUCCUGCGACUCCUGCCAGCGUGACAGCGGGCCAGCCAAUUAGUUAGUUUGACAGUGUGCCUAUUAUGUCUUAAGGCAUUUGGGCAUUGCGGCUCCUGCGAGUAGCUCUCACACCAUAUUUGAAGAGACAUGAGAUGUUGCCAUCUGCCCCCAGCGUCUCCUGCCAAUCCGCGUGCAUCCAGCGCGUGCUCCGCCAGCCGGCGUGACAGCGCGCGCAUGAUUUAUCAGCGGAUUUGGUCAUUGCGGCUACCGCAUGUAGCUCUCCCAGCCGUUGCACGUGGAGCGUUGUCUUCCUGUCCGCCGAGCAGAGGAGGUCUUGUGGAGGAGUUGUCCUUCCGCGUUGCCUCCGUCGGGGGGGGGGCAGGGGGGCAGGCCACAGGCGGAGCGCGGGCCCCACAGGCUCGCGACUUGCGGCUUCCGUGCGGGGGGGGGAUGGUGGCUCGGCGAGGCAUCGGCGAUGCGGCGCGGUCCUCCGACCCCACCUGCUCGAACCCCACCUGGGUGCCACCCCCCCCUUACCCAGACCCCCGACGUCAUGAUUUUUCCAUGACGUCGAUUCCUCCUCCACCUCCUCCCUCCUCUCCCCUCCUCCCCCCUGGAGGCGCCCGCUGCGGCCGCGGCAACUUGUUAGUUUCUAUUUCUGCCCACGACGGCCUCUGUGCUUUGCUUUGCGAUGUCCACAAGUCUCGACCCGUUGCCCAGGACUGGUGUUUCAGCCUGAGUCUUUUUUGUUGUGUUUGAGGGUCCCGAGGGCCGGUAAGGAACCCCAGAGGCCAGGGACUGCGCAUAACCUAC